UGUUUUUGUAUUUGCAUCGUGGUGCACCGUGGGCCGGGCGAGAUAAGAUGGCGGCAGCCUAGACGACAAACGCGUUUAAGAAGCAGUAUAUAUGCCAAAAAUGAGCAGAUCUAAACGCUUAAUAAUUAAUUAAGUUGAAAAUUAAGAAUUCGUACUAGCCCCUGAGUCGGCAUACAAUAGAGGAACGCCAUUCAAGGCAGGAACGCUGAAGAGGAAGGUCGUAAGUUUUCCCUUGUCAUUCGCGUCUAAAGAUCGCGUUCUUUCGACGGCGACGAAACAAUCUACGAGUUCCUCGGCAACCGGGUAAUUCCAACGUUAAUUGAUUUUUAAAUAUUUGGGUACGAGGUGUGAAAAUCAGUUCAAAGAAAAACCAGGCAAACAAUGGCAACAACACGAUUUAAAGAAUCGGUGAGCGAUGAAAGUAGUGGUAGCGAUUUUGAUGAGGACGAAGAUCCAGACAAGAUUGAAGUUCCCGGUGGAGGUAAAGAUCUUGCGACAGUUAUAGGAAAUGCAAACAUAAAGGAUGAGAAACCACUAGAUAUACCACUAAAUACUGAAGAGACGAAAGAUUCUGGCGCUAUUAGUGCUUUAAAUCAGAAAUUUGGAGGUAAAAUUCCUGGUGGACUUGUGACAAAAAAUGCAGCGCCAGGAUAUGAAAUGGUUCGUUUACCAGGACCUCAAACUGGAACUCCUAAUUUUAUGGGACAAAAUCAAUUAAAUCAAUUAGGACAACUACCCCAAGGUGGUGGACCUUAUGGUGGAUUUCCAUCUGGACUUCCAAAUAUGUCAGGAUUUAAUCCUGCUGCUUUUUUACAACAGUCUAUGGGUAUGGAUUUAAAUAAUCUUCUCGGAGUUAUGGGAAUGUCGGGCAUGAAUAUGGGAGCAAAUCCAUUUAUGCAACUCUUGAAUCAAGGAGUUAUGAAUCCUAAUUGGGCUGCUGGUCUCACAGGUAAAAAUCUUCAACAAAUGUGGAUGAAUCCUUUAGAUCCGAAUAAAAUGAAUAUGCAACAGGGAAUGCAAGAAGAAGAAGAUGUUGAGGAUGAAGAAAUGGGAGUUGCAGAGACUUAUGCUGAUUAUAUGCCAACAAAACUUAAAUUGGGAAGAAAACAUCCGGAUCCAGUUGUCGAGACUGCAUCAUUGUCAAGUGUUGAACCAACGGAUGUUUGGUAUAAAGUUUCAAUACCCGAUGAAUCGAUAAAAUCAGGAGCUUUAUCUGCUUUGCAACUUGAAUCAAUAACUUAUGCUUCACAACAACAUGAACAACUUCUUCCCGAUGGAACGCGUGCAGGUUUUCUUAUUGGUGAUGGUGCUGGUGUUGGUAAAGGUCGUACAAUUGCUGGUAUUAUUUUUGAAAAUUAUUUAAAAGGCAGAAAACGUGCCAUUUGGGUAUCAGUGUCAAAUGAUCUCAAAUAUGAUGCUGAACGCGAUUUAAAAGACAUUGGCGCGGGUAAAAUAGACGUUCAUCCAUUGAAUAAAUUUAAAUACGCAAGGAUAAAUUCAGCUGUUAAUGGAAAUGUGAAAAAGGGUGUAAUUUUCAGUACAUAUUCAGCAUUAAUUGGUGAAUCAUCGCAAAGCGGUGGAAAAUAUAAAAGUCGAUUGAAACAACUUCUUCAAUGGUGUGGCGAAGAUUUUGAUGGUUUAAUUAUAUUUGACGAAUGUCAUAGAGCAAAAAAUUUAUGUCCCACGGGAAGUUCAAAACCGACUAAGACUGGUUUAACGGUAUUAGAAAUCCAAAAUAAAUUACCGAAAGCAAGAGUUGUUUAUGCGAGUGCAACGGGUGCGUCAGAACCACGAAAUAUGGCAUACAUGGUACGUCUUGGUAUGUGGGGUGAGGGAACGCCUUUUCCUGAGUUUACCGAUUUUAUAACAGCUGUGGAAAAAAGAGGUGUUGGAGCUAUGGAAAUUGUUGCAAUGGACAUGAAAUUAAGAGGAAUGUAUAUUGCUCGUCAGCUUAGUUUUCAUGGUGUUGGAUUUAAAAUUGAAGAAGUACCACUGUCGGACGAUUUUAUGAAAAUUUACGAUCAUUCUGUUAGAUUGUGGGUGGAAGCUAUGCAAAAAUUUCAAGAAGCUGCCGAAUUAAUUGACGCGGAAAAUCGUAUGAAAAAAACAAUGUGGGGACAAUUUUGGUCGUCGCAUCAACGAUUUUUUAAAUAUUUGUGUAUUGCGGCAAAAGUAAAGCAUGCAGUAUCAGUGGCACGUGAAGCUGUUAAAUGUGGAAAAUGUGUUGUUAUUGGUCUUCAAUCAACGGGUGAAGCGCGUACUUUGGAACAAUUAGAACGUGACGAUGGAGAAUUGAGCGAUUUUGUUUCAACUGCAAAGGGAGUUUUGCAGUCAUUAGUGGAGAAACAUUUUCCCGCACCCGAUCGUAAUCGAAUUCAUCGUAUUAUUGGUGAUUUGCCACAAGCGCAAACAGUAGCAGAAGUUGAGAAUACAGUGGAAAAUGCAAGUGGAUCAGGUGGUGGAAAAAGAAAGCCAACACGUCAGGCAGCGCAGAGAGCAUCGAAAAAAGUUCGAGCUUGGUCAUCGGAGGAUGAAAUAUCCGAGGAGGAACGAAAUGGUGGACAUAGUUCGGGUUCGGAAUUUAAAUUAAGCGGCAGUGAAAGUGAAGAGGAAAAUAAAUCAGACGAAGAGAUAAGUAAUCCAAGCUCGGAUUAUAAUCCAUUUGACAGUGAUAGUGACUCGGACGUAGAUCCAUGGGAUAGGAGAAAAAAGAAGAUAGGAAAAAAACAAAAGAAACCAGUGAAGAAACGUUUGAGUACACAGGAUAAAAUUCAAUCAAUGUUGACGAGUAAAACGUCGAAUAGUAAUAAAAAUAAACGAAAUGGUGAUACAGCGAUGGGAAAGGGAAGUUAUGGUGUUAAUUCAGCGGCAGUACGUAAUCAAGCACCGCCUCGUAGUUCAAUUGAACGUGCUUGUAGCAUGAAAGAGGAAUUGUUGGCACAAAUUGAAACAUUGGGUGAACGUCUACCGCCAAAUACACUUGAUCAAUUGAUCGAUGAACUUGGUGGACCGGAGAAUGUUGCCGAAAUGACGGGUAGAAAAGGGAGGGUCGUUCAAACGGAAGAUGGAGCGAUACAAUAUGAAUCGAGAUCAGAGGCUGAUGUACCACUUGAAACUUUGAAUUUAACUGAAAAACAACGAUUUAUGGAUGGUGAAAAGACAGUUGCUAUUAUAUCGGAAGCGGCAAGUAGUGGUAUUUCAUUGCAAAGUGAUCGACGUGCACGUAAUCAAAUGCGACGUGUUCAUAUUACUUUAGAAUUACCUUGGAGUGCUGAUCGUGCAAUACAACAAUUUGGACGAACACAUCGUUCGAAUCAAGUGAAUGCACCUGAAUAUAUCUUUUUAAUAUCGGAUUUAGCUGGUGAGAGACGUUUUGCAUCGACUGUUGCUAAACGUCUUGAGAGUCUUGGUGCAUUGACGCAUGGUGAUCGACGAGCAACUGAGACACGUGAUUUAUCACAAUUUAAUAUUGAUAAUAAAUAUGGACGUUCGGCACUUGAGGCAACGAUGAAAACAAUUAUGGGAUAUGAACAACCAUUGGUUCCUCCACCGCAAGAUUAUCGUGGUGAUUUUUUCAAAGACGUUGCCGACGCAUUAGUUGGCGUUGGAUUAAUUUGUAACAGUGACAAUAUGCCCGGUGUAUUAUCGCUUGAUAAGGAUUUUACAAAUAUAUCUAAAUUUUUAAAUCGAAUACUUGGUAUGCCGGUUGAUUUGCAAAAUCGAUUGUUUCAAUAUUUUACGGAUACAUUAAAUGCAAUUAUAACGACAGCGAAGAAAACGGGGAAAUUCGAUAUGGGAAUACUUGAUCUUGGAACGUCGGGUGAAAAUGUUCGUCGAGUGAGAUUGUUUAGAUUUCAGAGAAAGCACGCCACGGGUAUUGCACCAACAGAAUUACAUGUGGUGCAUGUUGAACGUGGAAUGAGUUGGUCUGAGGCUACGGAUCGAUGGUCGGAACUUACCGGUGCCAAGGAGGGUUUCUAUUUGAGUCAUCAAGUACGAAACAGCAAACAAACGGCAAUACUCGCCGUUGCCGUUGACAGCGGUAAAAAGAAAGCCGAGGGCAAAAAAGAUCAAUUGUUUAUGGUUUAUAGGCCAAAUACGGGACUUCAAUUACGUCAGGAAUCGUUGGGCGAAUUAGAAAAGAAGUACAAAAAAGUUUCAUCUGAAGAAGCUGAAUCACAUUGGACGCAACAAUAUGAGGCAUCAGUGAAUACAUGUUCGCAUGCAUAUUGGCGUGGAAAUUGUAAAAAUGUAACACUUGGCCAAGAUUGUGAAGUUGGUUUACGUCGACGUUCUUAUAACGUUCUUGCUGGCUCAGUUCUCAGUGUUUGGAGUCGUGUCGAGAGUGUUCUUGCCGCACGUUCUGGACACAAUUCAAAAAUGCAAGUUGUACGAUUACGUACCGAUGAAGGUCUCAAAAUUGUCGGCACAUUAAUUCCAAAAUCAUGUAUGGAAGCUUUACGUGAAACACUAUCGACGGAUGCAGAAAAAACUGAGGAACAAACGUUUUGAACGAAUUGAUGAUCUCUCGAAAAGAAAAAAAAAGUCUAUAUAUAUAUAUUUGAAAAAUACCCCAAAUGUUCAAUGGAGCUUCGAGGGUAAACUAAAAAAAAAGUAUAUUAUUGUAGUUAGUUUUUUAAUUUUUUUUCUCUGGUACUGGAGGUUUUUUAAAAAAAUACCUUUGACUCUACCGGACAAUACAUUAUAUAUAUAUUUUUUUUAUUUCGCGCUAAAAUUUUUAAUUUGAAAACGAGAUCUAGUAUUGCUAUACAUAAAUUUAUAAAUAUAAAUAUUAAUAAAAGAAAAUUAAAUAAGUUGACGUAGGAUGAUCGAUCCCGAGCGACCCAUCAUCUCGGCUGUGCCCUAUGAAAAAGAAAGAUAAAAAAAUUUUGUAUCCAUUUCAUCGAAUGGAUAUUAAUAGUGAACAAAAAAAAUACAUUUCAUUGUUUUGAAUAAAAAAUUACUAUUCACGAUUUCUUUUUUUGGAUGAAUUUCGUAAACAAUUUUUCAGUGACAACUUUUCUCUUUUUUUUUUAACUAUUUGAUGAGUUUCGAUAGAAAAGGAUAAAAAAAAGCACAGGGCUGAGUAGUCGCCCCCCUCCCAUUUAAAUAAUAAUUAGAAGUUUGCUGUCAUUUAUCAAUACUGUCAUUAAUAUACUGUUAUUAUGCUAGAAAUAUUUCUACGUUACUUCAUUAAAAUUUAAAGAAGUAAAAAUUGUCGGCAUAAUACAGUACUGACAACAUGUAGCAAGCUACUAUUUUUUUAAACUUUUUUUUAAAAUAGUAAUUUUAAUUAUCUUCCUUUUUUAAAUUCUUUAGAAUUAUGAACUUUUUUUUAACAUUUUCUGUCUUUUCUGAAUAAUUAUAGAAUUAAAUAGUUAGAAGCAAAAUAAGUUUUUUAAGAAAUUUUUAAAAAUAGAUGGCUUAAUAUUUGUGACCAGUACUGUGCUUCUUCGUAAUUGACAUUAAGAUUUUUCAUAAACUAAUUUCUUUUUUUACAAUACAGUAUUACGAUGGUCAGGGUACAUCGCGUAUUUAAAUGAAUCUUGAGCUUUUUGACGGUUAUAUUAUAAAUUCGAGUCGAUAAUUUUUUUUUUUCAAUGGCUCGAUUUAGAAACAAAAGCCGUUUUAAUUAUUAUUAUUAUUAUUAUUAUAAUUGUAGAUCACUUAAUUGUAAUCUUUAUGAACAAAACAGGAGUUGCAUUUGAAAUUCCCUGAUUUGUAAGUUUCAUUCUUCUCUUGUCAUCAAGAUUACUAAUAAUGUUAGCGUUUACUAGAAAUUGACAAAUGCAUACGACGAUAUAUUUAUAUUCAAAGAUAAUAGUUUAGCGAUUGAAUUGUACACUCUUGAGUAGAUGUCUGUGGUAAUGUUUGUACGUUUGAACGGAAUAAUUACUUUUUGUCGAGUGUUUUAAGCGUGACAAGCCUGGUUAAUCGUCAAAUUUGAAUGUUCAGUGAAAUUUAGAUACAAAAAAAAAAGAAAAAAAAAUACUCCAAAGUUUGACAAAAUUGUUCGGAUGAAUCAAUUUAAAGAAAGAUUCUUUUUUAUUAAUAAAAUAAAAGAACUUGGGAUGAAACUUUACCAAAAAUUAUGAAAGAAAUUUACACUAAUUUGAUAAAGUAAAAAAUUAACAUAUCUAGAAAACCAGUAUUGACGCGCUUUUCGUGAGACGUGAAGUGUGAAUCUGGUAAAAAUGUUAGUUAAUGAAAAAUUUUUUCCGUUUUUAAGACGAAAUAAGUUGGCGAGAUCUUAACUAAAAACAAGUCGAAGAUGCUAUACAUAUAUAUAUGUAUGUGUGUAUAUAUACAUGUAUAAAUGUAUCUGUAAUAUGAAUAUACCUUAGCUAAAACGUC